GUGAUGUUCUCUCAGAUAGCACAGCAAUCUGCUGAUAAACAUGCUUCAGUGGCUUGUUUUGUUUGUUUUGUGCUUCUGGCGUCUUGUUGAUGUGAUUGGUGUUGAGGCAGAUGAAAUCGAGACGUUGUCAGUGAUGGAGGGCGAUUCUGUCACCUUACCGACUGGUGUGUCUAAAAUACAAGAGGAUGAUCUGAUAAUGUGGAUGAGUGGAAACUACUGUAUCGCUAAACUCAACAUAUCAUCCCAAGUCAUCUCUGAAACUCACAACAUAUUCAGAGACCGACUGAAGCUGGAUCAUCAGACUGGAUCUCUGACCAUCACAAACACCAGAAGCACAGACUCCGGACUUUAUAAAGCACAGAUGAUUGGACAACAUGUGUCAAAGAAAACUUUCAAUGUCACCGUCAUCGCUCGUCUGCCUUUUCCUGUUAUCACGAGUUACUGUCCUCAGAAUCCUUCUCCAUCAGGAUCAUCGCCAUCCAGAUGUGUACUGUUGUGUUCAGUGGUGAAUGUGGGUCACGUAACUCUCUCCUGGUACAAAGGAAACAGUUUAUUGUCCAGCAUCAGUGUGUCUGAUCUCAGCAUCAGUCUCUCUCUACCUCUGGAGGUGGAAUAUCAGGAGAAAAACAGCUACAGCUGUGUGAUCAACAAUCCCAUCAGAAACCAGACCACACAUCUGGACAUCAGCAAACUCUGUCAGCCAUGUUCAGAAUGCGUCUGCUGUUGUAAGUCAACUGAAGCUGUGAUCCGAUUGGCUGUCUCUGCUCUGGUGGGCGUGGCUACUGUUGUUGUUCUGGUUUAUGACAUCAGAUCCAGAAGAGCUGAGCAGAAAGAAAGAGCUCUGAUAUCAUUAUCGGACCAUAACUGACUUACUAUAAGAAGAAUAAACCUAUGUUUAUGUUUUUAUGUUCUAUGAAUGCUCUGUAACACAACAUGGCUUAAAACUUAUAGCUAAUUCUGAUUCUCGUGAAAUCAUAUUUUUAUUUUUACUUAUCAUCCA